AAGGCAGCACAAGAAGAUAAAGCAGGAAACUAUGAGGAAGCCUUCCGCUUGUACCAACAUGCCGUGCAGUAUUUUAUCCAUGUUGUUAAAUGUUUUUUUAAGACAGGAGGCAGGUGUUUGCUGUCUCUCCUCUGGACUUUUGUAGCAGUGUUUCAAGCUGGCCACUGCACGAGGAAAUAUGACAAUAAGUACAGGGAUCCCUGUAUUUCUGUUGUGCUGAAAACCAUGUUACACAUGAAGUCUUUGCUGUAUCUGCAGAGUGCUUUUUGCUCCUUUAAUUCAUGCUGCUUGCCCUUCUAAAGUCUCUCUGCUGACAUUUUUUGCUCCUUAAUGUCAUAGUCUUGCUGUUUAUCUUGGCCAAGAAAAUGUAUGAGAUGGACUUGUAUGUAACAAUUUUUCUUCAGUUUCCAUCUUCUCAUUACUUUAUGCCUUUUCCCACUGCUGUGUACCUUUUGUGCCACAUUCAGUGUUUGUAUGCAAGGAGUGGGCUUUCUUAAUGUGGGUACAGCCCUAGUGUAAGUGGGCUAGGGUUGCUUGCCUGACAAAAGUACACUUACAGAUCUUCAUUAUUUGAAAAAAAUAGUUUUCUUUAUAGUCCUUUAUUAUUAGGAUAAUCUGUGUUUAUCACUUCCUGUCCAUUUGAAUCUCAGAGACUUUCUCAGAAUAUCGCUUUAUAUGCUUUUAACAAAACUGAUGUACUUUUGGAAACUUAGCUCAAAAACCUGACAUGUUAAAUUUCGAUUGUUGGUUUGAAAUACUGUAAUAGUGAUUAUGAGAACAGCGUGGCUGUUGAAACACACUUAAUUCUUUCAGAUGUUUUAUGUAAUGUUUCUUUAUCUUUUAAAAUUAGCAGGCUAUGGAAGAAUCAAGUAUGGUUCUAAAUAAAAAUUGCCUAGCACAAGCAGCUUCUUGAUCAGCUAUUUUAGAAAAGCAGUUAUUAAGGCAAUGUCUAGCAGCUUGAAAGGUUGACAGAAAAGCUUCCACUGCUGAUGUCCUUAAUCUUUUACAGUCAAAUUUUAAGCCAAGGCAAUGUUCAGGUGAAUAUUUGAUUUCUGUUACAUGAUGACAUUCUUCUGGUCAGUUCAUUCCAAGGUAUAAUGGAAAAACAAGUAGUUGAGAUGUUUGGUUAUGUUGUGAGCCCUGAGAGAGGUGUAUUGAUAAGAGAUAAAGAAGACAGAUCUUUAGUCUUGUUUUUUGAUCGAUGCACUUGUGUUUUGCUGUUAACAAAGAAUUGUUUAUCUUCAAACUCUUAGAUGAAGCACAGGGUGAUAAAGCAAAACAAAGCAUUAGAGCAAAAUGUACUGAAUACUUGGACCGAGCAGAAAAGCUGAAAGAAUAUCUGAAAAAGAGAGAAAAAACUGCACCAAAACCAGUUAAAGAGUCUGGUCCUGCUGAAGGAAAAGGGAAUGACAGUGAUGGGGAAGGAGAAUCAGAGGACCCUGAAAAAAAGAAGCUACAGAAUCAACUUCAAGGAGCAAUUGUUAUGGAGAGACCAAAUGUCAAAUGGAGUGAUGUCGCUGGCCUCGAAGGUGCCAAAGAGGCACUUAAAGAAGCAGUCAUCCUUCCCAUUAAAUUUCCACACCUGUUUACAGGAAAGAGGACACCCUGGAGGGGAAUUCUCCUAUUUGGACCACCAGGAACAGGAAAGUCUUAUUUAGCAAAAGCUGUGGCAACAGAAGCAAACAACUCUACCUUCUUCUCAGUAUCUUCAUCUGACCUUGUUUCAAAAUGGUUAGGUGAAAGUGAAAAAUUAGUGAAAAACUUGUUCCAGCUUGCCAGAGAAAACAAACCUUCUAUCAUCUUCAUUGAUGAGAUAGAUUCCCUCUGUGGGUCAAGAAGUGAAAAUGAAAGCGAGGCUGCUAGACGGAUAAAAACAGAAUUUCUAGUCCAGAUGCAAGGGGUUGGUGUUGACAAUGAAGGAAUCUUGGUCUUAGGAGCAACAAACAUACCCUGGGUUUUGGAUUCUGCUAUCAGGAGAAGGUUUGAGAAGCGUAUUUAUAUUCCUUUACCUGAAGACCAUGCCAGGGCUGCAAUGUUCAAACUUCACCUCGGGUCAACUCCAAAUGACUUAAAAGACUCAGAUUAUCGAGAGCUUGGGAAGAGAACUGAUGGCUAUUCUGGUGCAGAUAUAAGCAUCAUUGUCCGUGAUGCACUGAUGCAGCCUGUUAGAAAAGUGCAAUUGGCGACUCACUUUAAAAAAGUAAAAGGACCAUCAGUGUCUAAUCCAAAUACGAUGGUAGAUUUAUUCACCCCUUGCUCUCCAGGUGAUCCUGAAGCCAUAGAAAUGACAUGGAUGGAGGUCCCAGGUGAUAAAUUACUGGAGCCUAGAGUUUCCAUGGCUGAUAUGCUCAGGUCGCUUGCUAGCACAAAACCAACAGUUAAUGAACAGGACUUGGAGAAGUUAAAGAAGUUUACAGAAGACUUUGGUCAGGAAGGCUAAACCAAAGAUAUGUGUGAAGCAUUAGAACCUUUUUUUGUUUUUUUUAAGUAUUCUUGUGUCUUUAUUGAUGGCACUUCAAAUAAAUGCCAAUAAAAUUACCCCUUUCACACUUUGCAGAAGGAAUAGAAGAUACCUUUGCAAAGACCCUUAAGCUUUUGUAUUGUAUUGUUCUCCUCAGAUGUCUAUUAAAUUAAUUCUAUUGAAAAGUAAUACAAAAAUACAAUUUUUAGGUGAGACAGCAAAGUGAUGUGGUAAUGUCUAAUAAAUACUAGAAAGCUUUAAAUUACUAGUUCCAUAUUAGGUGGUAUAUUAGACCUGGAUACCAAUGAGUUUUAGGUUUUGACCUUAUCUCCCUGUAAGGUCAAAAAUCUUUUUAAACGGUAGGAGAGAACAUGUUUGUCAGGUGUUUUCAAUAUCAGUCAAUCAGCAUAUGUAUUAAUUGCUCUCAUUUCAUUUAGGAAAAUGCAACAAAAUUUUCUAAUCAAGCAUACUGCAAGUGUGGGUUUGCUGUUAAAGUAAGAAAGAAGACACUGGAGGAUAAGACUACAUGGGCCAGUACUUUGAUUAAAUAUUGAUGGACCUGUUAUUUGGCUUUUUUUCUGCUAUGCUGUGUUAAAAUUUUGCCUUAAACAGCAAGCUUUUGUUUUUAACUCUUUACUAGCUGGUACACACUGUCACUAUGCAAUUUAACACAAGUUUGUUAAAUGCAAGUAACUCACAAGGUGUUUUGCUGGCUCUUCUUGGGGGGUUGUUUGGAUUUGUUUUAUUUGUUGUUUUGGUUUUUAAAAUCUGGAUUCUCUUCCUGGGGAAGUUUUGACUGAAGGUAGAAAAAAGCAUUAGUAAUGUCCUCUGAGAUCCCACAUGUUGCAGCUGGCAAGGUAUAUGUAGUCUUUGGCGAAUGUCUGGGUGGUAUUUUGGGAAAUAGCAUACUUCACAUGCAAGGAGAUUAGAACAGAUGUUUUUGCCACGGUCUUUCCAGUGAUAAAUUAACCCAGAGCCCCACUGGUAACUGUAGCAUAUAGGUUACAUCAGUUUAGUGCUUAAACUGGGAGAGAAAGCUGGCAAUUUAGUAUAGAAGUAGCACUUCCAUUGCUCUUUUUCUGCAGAACUGCAAAUGGAGAUGUGCCUGAAUGUAACUUAAAAACACUACAGCAUCAUCAUUGAGUUUGUGCCUUGUAAGUUUGCACUGGCUGUAGAGAUGAAACACCAUUAGAAUAUCUAGAAUCCUCUAUCUUCCAUUACCAUUGUACAACUCUAUCCUGCAAAUGUUUUGUUUAACUUGCAUUACGAGAAAUUUGCACAUUUUAGGUGUGUAUGUUCUAUGUACAUAUGCACAGCUAUGAUCAUCUUUUGAUGGGGUUUGGUUUCUUCUCUGUACAUAUUUUGUGUACUUUAUAAAUCAUAGGAUGGGUGGCAUUUUCUUAAUGUACUUAAUGAAGUAAAAUGUUGUAGUACAACAUCAGCUAUGUUAUUUGAGUAUUUCUUCUAUGUUAUGUUCAAGUUUUUACUGCUUUAUUGUCUUCUUAGACUUUUGUUUCUGUGUUUAAUAGCCAAACAAAAUAGGUAAAUAUUCUGUGAUCUGCAAGGUGCUGAGUUUUUUUUACUAACAUGAUGAAACAUUUUUUCCAAAAUCCUUCAGUUACACAGCUUUACUGUUGUCUUACAUCAGAAUGUGUAAAUGUGAAUCAGUGGGCUGCAGAUCUUUCUGAUAUCUUUUGGGAGGAUGGCAGGAGAGGGAGUGGGUGAGGGCGGGAAUUCCAGUGUAGGUACAGGCAACUAUGGUUAGUAAACUUAAUCCUUAAUUGCAACAAGAUGUCGUCUGUAGUUUUCUUUUGUGAACACUUCCGAAGUGAGCCACAUACUAGCGUGGUUGUCCUUCAGAGGUUUGAAUCCACUGUCUGAAGUAUUUAUCUCUUGACCUUUUGAAAAAUGAGAGUCCUUACUGCAAUUCUGCAAUCUUAAAAUUCUCAGGAACGUUUUGGUUUUUGGUUUAUUUUUUCCUUUUUGUGGUAAGCUGAUUUGUCUUAUGGGCUUCCAUAUGCUUAACUGUGUAAUCUUGUAUCUUUAAUGCAAAAGAAAAAUAUACUGUAUGUUUUAAAUUUACAUCUUGCUGCUUGCUCAGAUAACAUCUGUAACAGAACAUUUACUAUUUGAUGUUGAAAGUUGUUUUUAGAAAUAUAUUCCAAAUAAACUUUGCUGCUUAGAAUUGCAGCUACAAGGGCAA